AUGGAGCCCCGCACCGUGAUCCCCAUCGACAGGAAUUGGGAGUUCAAACAGGCGGACAAGGAGGACAGCAAAUAUCUGCCCGUCAGCCAGUUUCCGACUCAUGUGCACCUGGACCUUAUGCACCACAAGCUCAUACCCGAUCCCAACAUUGGUAAGAAUGAGUUGGAAGUACAAUGGAUUGGCGAGGCCGUCUGGGUCUACAAGACGACGUUUUCGUCGCCGACAGUCGAAGAGUCUGCUAAAGCAGUCUUGGCCUUCGAUGGAUUGGAUACCUUUGCCACCGUGGUGCUGAAUGGGAAGACAAUCCUUGAGACCGAGAACAUGUUCGUUCCUGAGCGGGUAGACGUGACAAGCGAAUUGAAAAAGGACAGCGACAAUGAGCUGGUCAUAACUUUUGACAGUGCAUACCUGAGAGGGUGGAAGCUUGUUGAGGAACAUCCUGAUCAUAAAUGGGGUUGCUGGAACGGGGAUAGUUCACGGCUGGCUGUUCGAAAAUCUCAAUACCACUGGGGCUGGGACUGGGGCCCAACGCUUCUGACAUGCGGACCCUGGAGACCUAUCAAUCUCGAAGUCUACGAGUCAAGAUUGACCGAUCUGUGGUGCGACAUCAAUGUCGACAAGUCGCUGAAGGCUGCUACAGUAAAAGCCUACACCUCAGUCGAAGGCAAAGCAUGCAAGAUCCGAUUUGAUGUUUUAUUGGGUGGGAAUUCUGUAGCCAGGCAAGAAGUCGAUGGCACGGAUGCAACAUUCACGGUCAGCGAUCCUGAGCUCUGGUACCCAGUUCGAUACGGGAAACAGCCGUUGUACACAGUCAAGGCCACUCUGGUGGACGCCGGCAAGGAUGUCGACUCGAUUUCGAAAAAGAUCGGUCUGAGACGAGCUGAGCUUGUUCAACGGCCUCUGAAAGAGCAGCCCGGCACGUCGUUCUUCUUCGAGAUCAACGGCAUACCAAUAUUCUGCGGUGGCAGCGACUGGAUCCCCGCAGACAACUUCAUCCCCCGAAUAAGCCGAGAGCGAUACUUCGAUUGGGUCAAGCUUGUGGCCGAAGGGAAUCAGUUCAUGAUUAGAGUAUGGGGAGGCGGUAUUUACGAAGAGCAAGAUUUCUAUGAUGCCUGCGACGAGUUCGGAAUUCUUGUAUGGCAAGACUUCAUGUUCGGCUGUGGCAACUACCCAGCGUGGUCCGGAUUCCUUGAUUCGAUCAAGCGUGAAGCCGAAGAGAAUGUCAAACUGCUGAGACAUCAUCCUAGUAUCGUAAUCUGGGCUGGAAACAACGAGGAUUACCAAUACGCCGAGAGCGUCAACCUGACAUGGAAACAAGACGACCACGACGCCGAGGGCUGGCUAAAUACCGACUUCCCCGCCCGUUACAUCUACGAGAAGAUCCUCCCCGACACGUGCGAGAAGUUCACCCCCGGGACAUGUUACCACCCCGGCAGUCCCUGGGGCGGCGUCGACACGCACGACCCCACAGUAGGUGAUAUUCACCAAUGGAACGUCUGGCACGGUACUCAAGAAAAGUACCAAAACUUCGACAAGCUCGUCGGCCGUUUCGUAUCCGAAUUCGGCAUGGAAGCCUUUCCAUCCGUCAAGACCAUCGACGCCUUCCUACCACUGGGCAAAGACGACCCUGACCGCUACCCCCAAUCCUCCACCAUCGACUUCCACAACAAAGCUGAUGGCCAUGAGCGGCGCAUCGCGCUCUACCUCGUAGAGAAUAUGCGCUACGCCCCUGAACCCUUGGAGCAGUUUGUCUACUGCACCCAACUGAUGCAAGCCGAGUGUCUAGCGUCGGCCUACCGCCUCUGGAAGCGACAGUGGAAGGGCCCCGGCCGCGAGUACUGCUCCGGAGCGUUGGUGUGGCAGAUCAACGACUGCUGGCCCGUCACGAGCUGGGCUAUCGUGGAUUACUAUCUCCGACCUAAACACGCCUAUUUCACCGUAAAGCGAGAAAUGGCGCCCCUGAGCGUCGGCAUGACGAGGAAGGAGCACAAGCACCCCCGGAACAAGUACACGCGCGUCGACAUCGAGACUACGAUCCAGAUCGAGGCGUGGGGGUCGAACUUGACGCUCGAGGAUCUGACGGUGGACUGUGUGGUCAAGGCGUGGGAUGUGGAGACGGGUAAGGAGACGUAUUCCAAGACCAUAGCGGAGGGGCUUGUGCUGCCCAAGAAUCAAAGUACGGAGAUCUACGCUAUAGAUGUGCCCGCGACGCACAAGGGCGAUGAGGGCAAGACGGUUGUGGCGACAUACUUGGUUCAGGACGGGAAGCAGGUUGCGAGGUAUGUCAAUUGGCCUGAGCCUUUGAAAUAUCUCCACUUGCAGAAACCGGAGCAGCUCAAGGCCGAAUUGACUGCCGACUUCAAGUUCGUGGGGAUCAGUGCCGAGGUUCCAGUGAAGGGUGUAGCUCUGGAGUGUGACGACGAAGAAGUCAAGUUCGAGGAUAACUUGGUGGACAUUGUUCCAGGUGAGACCGUCAAGAUAGCCGUUAGAGGGGCCAAGGAGUCGAGCAACAUCACGACACGAUAUCUGGGGAUGAUAUAG